AUGGCUCCCUCUAACAAGCGCAAGCCCGUCGACGACGAUUUCGUCCACACCAUCUCCGACAAUGACGAAGACAUCAUCCAGGAGGAGGCCCCCGUCGCAGCGCCCCCCAAGAAAAAGGUGAAAACCUCCAAGAAAUCGAAAAAGGCCGCUGCGAGGGAGGACACCCCCGAAGAAGAAAUAAACGAGGGCAUCUGGGGCGCAAAGGACGAGGACGAUGGUGCCAUGGACUCGGAUUUUGAGUUUGCGCAAGACGGUGCCGUCGAAUUCGGCGACGCGGAGCUCGAGGGCUGGGGUUUCGAGGGUGCAAAGAAGUCGAUGAACAGUAAUACAACACUCGGUGUCGACCUGGACGAAAUCAUCCGCAGGAGACGCUCAAAGAAGGACGACAAUGACAAGCCGGAAGAGGCACAAGAGGAGGCCGUCGACGACGAGGUUGAAAACGACAUGGAUUUGGACAUCGACCUCGAUGACGAUGACGACGAAGUCCUGGCCGACGACGCCUUUGGCAUGGGCAUAGACCCCGACGCCAAGCAAUCCGGAUCUGAAGACGAGGGCUCUGACGCGGACGAGGCCGGUGACGACGACGACGAUGAUGCAGCAUCAGACAACGAUUCCGUUGCGACGCCCGUCGACCACCCCGAGGACAAUCGCGAUUCGGACGACGAGGAAGAGGAGGAUGCCGAGGAGCAGGCCAAGCGCGACGCCUUCUUCGCCCCGGAGGAGCCAGCGAAACCUGGCAAGAAAGAUACCGCGUCGUCCUUCCAGGCCAUGUCGCUGUCGCGCCCUCUACUGAGAGGUCUCGCCGCCGUUGGUUUCUCCAAGCCGACGCCUAUUCAGGCCAAGACAGUUCCCAUUGCGCUGAUGGGCAAGGACGUUGUUGGUGGCGCUGUGACGGGUUCCGGAAAGACGGCAGCCUUCGUCGUUCCCAUUCUUGAGCGUCUUCUGUACAGACCCAAGAAGGUACCGACCAGUCGCGUCGUCAUCCUCACGCCGACACGUGAACUGGCCAUCCAGUGUCACGCCGUUGCCACCAAGCUGGCCGCUUACACCGACAUCAAGUUCACCCUGGCCGUUGGUGGUCUGAGUCUCAAGGCCCAGGAGGUGGAGCUGAGGCUGCGUCCGGACGUCAUCAUCGCCACGCCCGGUCGUUUCAUCGACCACAUGAGGAACUCUGCCAGCUUCAACGUUGACACGGUGGAGAUUCUCGUGCUGGACGAGGCCGAUCGCAUGCUCGAGGACGGUUUCGCCGACGAGCUGAACGAGAUCCUGACGACGCUGCCCAAGUCCAGACAGACGAUGCUAUUCUCUGCGACGAUGACGUCAUCCGUCGACAAGCUUGUACGCGUGGGAAUGAACAAGCCGGCCAGAGUCAUGGUUGAUUCGCAGAAGAACAAGACGGUCGGCACCUUGGUGCAGGAGUUUGUCCGCCUGCGCCCCGGCCGCGAGGACAAGCGCAUGGGCUACCUCGUCCACAUCUGCAAGACAAUGCACACGGAGCGUGUCAUCGUCUUCUUCCGCCAAAAGAAGGAGGCUCACCGCGCGAGAAUCAUCUUUGGUCUGCUCGGCAUGUCCUGCGCCGAGCUUCACGGCAGCAUGAACCAGGCUCAGCGCAUGCAGAGAAUUGCCAGUGUCGAGAAUUUCCGUGACGGCAAAGUCAACUACCUUCUGGCGACGGAUCUUGCUUCGCGUGGUCUCGAUAUCAAGGGCGUCGACACGGUCAUCAACUACGAGGCACCCCAAAACAUUGAAAUUUACGUGCACAGAGUCGGACGUACGGCGCGUGCCGGCAGGACGGGUAUCGCCAUCACGCUGGCGGCCGAGCCGGAUCGCAAGGUGGUCAAGGCGGCGGUCAAGGCAGGCAAGGCGCAGGGGGCCAAGAUCAUGAGCAGGGUGAUCGAGCCGACGGAGGCGGACAAAUGGCAGGCGCAGGUGGACGAGAUGGAGGACGAGAUCGAGGAGAUCAUGGUGGAGGAGAAGCAAGAGAAGCAGUUCGCGCAGGCGGAGAUGCAGGUGCGCAAGGGAGAGAACAUUCUGCAGCACGAGGCGGAGAUCAAGGGGCGCCCCAAGAGGACGUGGUUCGAGACGGAACAGGACAAGAAGAAGGCCAAGGAGGCGGGGCGCGACGAGCUCAACGGGCCCAAGGGCAAGAAGCAGAAGCUCAGCAACAAGGACAAGAAGAAGCUCGACGCCAAGGCGAUGCGCAGCGAGGACAAGGUGUGGAAGAAGGGCCGGGCCGAGCGGGCGGGACAGGGCGCGGUGCUGAAUCUCAAGAAGCAGCCCAAGAAGAAGAACGUGCCGGCCAAGGGCAGGACGAGGGCGAAGCUGGCCCGCGAGAGGCGCAAGCAACCCGUUCCGCCGUUCCAUCCCAUCUACUACGAGACUAACAACGCUCACCCCUCGACACCGGGAGCUUCUGAGACCAACACCAACACCAGGACAAACCUAAAGCUUCCACCCGCCCACCGUCACGAGCCCCCCUCUUCCCUCCAUCACCACGUGCUCCCGCUUGCUCUUUUGACCACGAACGGUUCGCGCCAAUUCCACCUACCCAGAGCCUUCCCGAGACCAUGUGCUUCCAUCACCCUUUACCCUGUCUUCAUCAGCUAUUUCCCCCUUCUACAUAACGCCCACGCCCUGGGCCGUCCCGCGCCCGAAGUUCGUCUUGGAACCUUAUCCAAGGCACAAACGAAGAACAAACUGGCUCCCUUCGGGCGAUUUGGCCCCCCGCGCCCGCAACCUCACAACCGCACCAGCCUCUUGCGAUACCUGUUCCCGCGAAGCCUACGAGACCGAUACCGCGAGCGUCUUCUCGACUUCCGCGUCGACACCCUACCCCAGCUCAAGCGCCGGUUCCAGUCCAGCAUAUACCGAUACAUCCUCGAGCGCCAGCGCAAGCGGAACAACAAGACCAGGCUAGUUGACCUGUUCGCCCGCCACGGUCGCCGGCUGCUCCUGGGUCCGACUUCGGUCAAGCCGAAGCGGCAUCCGAGGGAGAGAGGGGCCAACUUAGGCAAAAGGAUGCCCACGUUCUCAGACUAUACGACCUACGGAGGAGGCGGCGGAGGGCGUGGCGCUACCGGUGCCGGUGCCGGUGCUGGUGCGAGUGCCCGUAUCGGUGCAGGAGACGGUUAUGGAUACGGUGCUGCAUCCCCCGAUGACCCGGGCGAGAGGGGCUCUCGGCGAAAAUGGCUGGCCGCAAAGGCUGGGAGUGUAUACCGUGCUGGUGCUACUGCCGUCAACGAGAUAAGGGAAGGGUAUGCGCAGACGAGGGUACGGCCCCAGGAGCCCGACGAUGGCAUGCCCCGGACGACGAUCCCCGGAUCGUUUCCUGACGUCGCCAUCACAGUGCGGGGAGACGAUCAAAUGGUCAUCUUUCCAUCGUAUGCAAAGCGCCAUGUCAAGCAAGACUGGACUGUGGAACACCAGCAACAUUCUGAAGAGCAGCCGGGGAGUGUCAAAGACCAAGAAUUUUGGAGAAGAGAGUGGGAGCGCAACGAAGAUGAACGGGCCAUCGUCGACAUCGACGUCAGGGGCUGGGUCUACUCGCCGCACAAGGGCCCGAUCACCAGGAGAAACCGCAUUCUCAUCGGUCUUGCGCGCCAGCUGAGCGGCAUUCCGGCGCCUAGGCAGGACGUCCCCGCACCCGUUGAUAACCUGUCCGCUUUGCACCAAUCCCACGAGGAGAGGCGCGAACAGGAGAAGAUCGCCAAGGAAGCGGCAGAAAUCGAAAAGAGAGGACAGGAGGAACAGCGUGUGGCGUACCAGGGCGGCUUCAGCGAGGCGCCAAAGGACGGGUCCGAUGACGACGCACAAAGCAUAUACCGCGCGAGGUCGAGGUCUCGAAGCGGUGCCCACACACCCAUGACAGCCCCGGGGUCUCCCAAGCUGGUACCGGCCAGGCAGAACACGACGGGCACUGAUCUCACCGACGCCGAACUCUCUGUUGCGAACGCCAACCUCAUGGCAAGGAUAGCACCGUUCAUGACGACGCCUCUGGUCCAGCUGCCCAUCACCGUCUUCUUCUACAACGACGAAAAGUCGGCCUCGCGGACGGUACAGACAAACGACGCCGGUCACUUCAUCCUCCGCGCUGCCUUGGAGUUUGUCCCCACGCACGUCCGCGUCCUCGCCAAUGAGGAUCUGUCGGCUACCCAAGAGGUCAAGAUCAUCGAGCCAAAGGGCGUAAGCCUGAUCAGCGACAUCGACGACACUAUCAAGCGCUCCAACAUCUCGGGUGGUGCCAAGGAAAUCUUCCGCAACACGUUUAUUCGAGAGCUGAAGGAUCUGACAGUGGACGGCGUUCGAGAGUGGUACAACGAGCUGCAUAAGAUGGGUGUCAGUAUGCAUUAUUGCUCCAACAGCCCGUGGCAGCUGUUCCCCGUGCUUGCGAGCUACUUCAUGAUCGCCGGUCUGCCCCCGGGCUCACUUCAUCUCAAGCAAUAUAGCGGUAUGCUGCAGGGGAUCUUCGAGCCGGUGGCGGAGAGGAAGAAGAGCACCCUCACCAGGCUCAUGCACGACUUUCCGGAACGCAGGUUCUUACUGGUCGGCGACAGUGGCGAGGCGGAUUUGGAGGUCUACACCGAGCUGGUCGAAGCGCAUCCGGGACGCAUCAUCGCCAUCUUCAUCCGCGAUGUCACAACUCCAGAACAGGCUGGCUAUUUUGACAAUUCUUUUGGGGGUGGCGGAAACACACGUCAAACGGCCCCGACGUUCAGGAUCACAACAGAUCAAAGCGAUACGCCUUCAAGCCGGCCAGGGCUGCCCCCGCGCGGCGAAGCCAAGACCGUAGGGCCAGUCAUCGGCGACCUGAUUGACUUCUCGGACGAGCCUGAGGAGACGACACUGAACGAUACGGCUGCCCUGGCUCAGAUCAAGGCCAGGCCGAAGCCGCAGACGAGCUCCACCGACCUAGUCGUUGGUCGCAAGCCCGCUCCGCCUCGACCGAACAAGCCUGCAGCUCUACGCAGCGCUCCAUCGGAUACGAACUUGAACACACUUGGUGCCAACGGCGGUGGUGGUGGUGGUGGUGCCACACCUCCUGCUGUGCCACGAUCUCGGAAGCCAUCCGCUGACCGUGGCGGACCCCAUCCUCUAUCGCAGAUGCACAACUCGUCACAGCAGACCGUGGGCAGCAGCAGGAGCUUGCCAAAUGCAGCCAGAAUACCGGCCGCUGCGGCCCAAAAUGCCACGAGUAAAACGGCCAAAGUGCCGCCGCCGCCGCCGCCGCCUCGGCGUCGAGAAACCUCAUCCGUCUCGCGGAGUCUGAGCCCGCGGAGGAUCGACAGCAGACGCAGGCUGUCGAGCAACGACGAUAUCGACUUUGAUGCGCUGCCCCCGUCCGCGGCACCGCAGACGCAGGCUCCUCCGCCCACUUUUGCGAGGGCCAGGACUGGCAGCCUUAAGUCGGGCGCCACGUCGCCGACGGGUAGCCCGAAUCUCGGACCCGCGGCAGCGCCGAACAGGAAGCACGAGUUGUGGAUGCGCCGGCUGCAGCGGGCUCAGGAAAUCCUGGAGUCGCACGGGGUGGCCCUGUACACAUGGCGAAGAGGCGACGACGUCGUGGCGGAGGCUGUGGGGAUGGUCAAGGAAGAGCUGAAGAAGAUUGGCCUCAACGGGGAGAAGAACGCGACAACGGAGGGGAAGAGGUUUGAGAGACAGAUUAGGAGGGAGCAGUCACAAGAGCAGCAACAGAAGCAACAGCAACAGCAACAGCAACGACAGCCGCGGGGGCCGUACCAGCAGAGGCGGUAA